AUUAUUUUUAUUUUUUCCUUCUGGGCCAAAAAAAAAAAGGAAAAUAUAUUUUCAGAAGCUUUGGUUUGGAUGGCACUACGCGCCACUACAUCAUCAUCUUCAUCUUCUUGCCCUGUAAAACUCGGGCCCAUUUCGUAUCCGCAGAGAAACCCUAGGAGUUCUCUCAGCUUUAACCAUGUUUUAUUGGGUUUAUCUUCCUCCGAAUCCUCGAGGCCUUCGCUUCGCGUUUCGGCCAAUUCGAAACCCAGAGUCCGUUUCGCCGCUCGCCGGACCGAGUCCGUUCCGGUUCGACAGCUCGCACGGCCUCUAAGUGAGUACAUGAGUUUACCGGCGAGCCAGUACUCGGUUUUAGAUGCGGAGAGAAUAGAAAGAGUGGAUGACAGCACUUUCAGGUGUUAUGUGUAUAGAAUCAAGUUCUUUUCUUUCGAGGUUUGCCCCGUUCUGCUUGUUAGAGUAGAAGAACAGCCCAAAGGGUGCUCCAUUAAGCUCCUAUCUUGCAAGCUUGAAGGUUCGCCAAUGGUGGUUGCUCAGAAUGACAAAUUUGACGCUUUCAUGGAGAAUAUUGUAUCAUGUGAUAGUGACCAAGGAGAAGACUUAUCGGUGGAACAACUCACUUCAGAGGCUGUCAUUGAGGUUAGCAUUGAGGUUCCUUUUGCAUUUUUCCCAAUUCCAGUGCAAGCCUUUGAAUCAACUGGUGCCCAAGUCCUCGAUCAAGUUCUAAAGAUCAUGCUUCCUCGCUUUAUGGCACAGCUUGUAAAGGAUUAUCAAGCAUGGGCUUCUGGUGAUACCUCAAGGCAGCCUUUAGGAACAGGUGAGAUUUAACACAGUGAACAACAACACUUGGCCUCUUAAACAGGUCAUUUAAAAUGUUCAGUAUCAAAUUAUAGGUAGCAUGUCCCAUUUGUACAAGUACACUAUUUAAAAAUUUAAAUGACCAGUUUUUAUUAUUUUAUUUUAAAUCCAAGUAGAUAAAAUUCAAGAGAUUGUACUACUUAAUUAUCACUGUAUCCCAAUCUAUAGUUUGGGAAAAUUUAAUCUACGUUUUUCUCUCA